CCCGCCGGCGGCGCCGCGGCGCUCGGGCUCUGCAGCCUCCUCCUGCUGCCGCUGCUCCGGCCCGGGCACGCGUGCCCCGCGGGCUGCGCCUGCACCGACCCGCACACCGUGGACUGCCGCGACCGCGGGCUGCCCAGCGUGCCCGACCCUUUCCCCCUGGACGUGCGCAAGCUGCUGGUGGCCGGCAACCGCAUCCAGCACAUCCCCGAGGACUUCUUCAUUUUCUACGGCGACCUGGUGUACCUGGACUUCAGGAAUAACUCGCUGCGCUCACUGGAGGAGGGCACGUUCAGCGGCUCGGCCAAGCUGGCCUUCCUCGACCUCAGCUACAACAACCUGACCCAGCUGGGCGCCGGCGCCUUCCGCUCGGCCGGGAGGCUGGUCAAGCUGAGCCUGGCCAACAACAACCUGGCGGGCGUGCACGAGGACGCCUUCGAGACCCUGGAGUCGCUGCAGGUGCUGGAGCUCAACGACAACAACCUGCGCAGCCUCAACGUGGCCACCCUGGCCGCCCUGCCCGCGCUGCGCAGCCUGCGCCUGGACGGGAACCCCUGGCUCUGCGACUGCGACUUUGCCCACCUCUUCUCCUGGAUCCAGGAGAACACGUCCAAGCUGCCGAAAGGCGGUGAGGAAAUCCAGUGCUCCCUGCCCCCGGGAAACAGGCGGAUAUUCCUGCAUGAGCUGUCCGAGGCCAGCUUCAGCGAGUGCAGGUUCAGCCUGUCACUCACAGACCUGUUCAUCAUCAUCUUCUCCGGCGUGGCCGUGUCCAUUGCUGCCAUUAUUUCUGGCUUCUUCCUGGCCACCGUGGUGCAGUGCUUCCAGAGGUGCGCGCCCAACAAGGACCCGGAAGACGAGGACGAGGAUGAGGACGACUGA